GCAAACCGGAGCGGCCACUUCCUAAAAACAAAUUCCGACGCGCUCUGUUCGAGACUUGUCAUGUUGUUGUCGCACACCUUUAACCUUGUACCGCCACUGCCUGUAGUACAGAAGAAGUGAGUACAGCUCCACAGCUGUUUCACUCCUGUACUGUGAACUCCGUGAGGAGCGCGCUGCGGUCACUGUGAACACUUUUUUAUUUACCUUCAUGGAAACGGACAGUCUGCUGAGCGGCAGUGUGAACGGAGCCUCCCCGGGCUAUGGCUCCCGGCCGGGCCCAGGGCAGCGCGGGGCCCCCGAAAAGAGGCGAAUGUCGUACUCGGUCGCCGGGGAGUCGUGCAGUGUGGAGAGGGGAGCAGAUGAGGAGGAGCUGUACAUCCAACAAGCCGUUGUAUUCAUAGAGGACGCCAUACAGUACCGGUCCAUUAACCAUCGAGUGGAUACCAGGUCGCUCUACCUGUAUCGAUGGUACUACUCUAAGAUAUGCCAGUGGGGCUUGGGCCUGAGCAUCGCAGUGUUGUUGCUGCUGGCCUUCGUGGAGCGCCCGUCCUCGUUGUCUCUCUCCUCAGACCCCCGAUAUCGCUCUCCACCCUUGGAGCCGCCCUGCGGCUUAACCGAGAGUUUCGAGCUGCUCUGCCUCGUCAUCUUCACUCUUGACCUUAUUGUCAAGAGCUACUUGAUUGGCUGGGAGGAAUUCAGGAAGAGCAAAUGGCUAAUUGGCUACACUGUAGUCCUCUCAGUCUCCAUCAUUGACUGGGUGCUGUCCGUCAGCAUGGUGUGUGAUGAGAAACUGAGGGUGCGGCGACUGCUCCGGCCCUUUUUCCUCCUGCAAAACUCCUCGCUGAUGAAAAAAACACUAAAGUGCAUCAAAAGGACUCUGCCAGAGAUUGCCAGUGUCAUCCUGCUGCUGGCGCUCCAUCUCUGCCUAUUCACCAUGAUCGGCAUGCUGCUGUUUGCUAAAACUGAGGAUCCAAAGACUAACGGGGAGUGGAAGGCGUAUUUCAGAAACCUGCCAAAGUCUCUUACCUCCCUGCUAGUGCUGCUCACCACAGCCAACAACCCAGAUGUGAUGAUUCCCGCCUAUAAGCUGAACAGAGGCUACGCCAUUUUCUUUGUCGUCUUCAGUGUGAUCGGCACCUAUUGUCUGAUGAACCUCCUGACAGCCAUCAUCUAUAACCAGUUCAGGGGAUAUUUGCUGAUGUCAGUCCAAACGUCCAUCAUCCGGAGACGACUGGGGAUCCGCGCUGCUUUCCAAGUCCUCAGCUGCCACGAAGCCCAAGAUGAUGCCGAGGAGCACGUGCGUGUUGAUUCAGUGCUGCAGGUGAUGUCCAGAGUGGAGAUGAAAAGCUACUACAGAACAGCUGUCACUACGGAGGCGCAGCAGUAUGCAGACGUCGGCUAUAUGAGUUUGGACCAGUUUCGCAAGAUAUUUGAUGAACUGGAUAAAGAUCGCAUCAAGGAGCACCCUCCCUUGCCUCAGUACAACUCUCCAGUCCUGCAGAGACUCCAGACGAUCUUCGGUCACUACUACUUCACUAUAGCUGGCAAUGCAUUGGCACUCGCCAACGUCAUUUGCAUAUGUACCAUCCUUGUACUCAACUCGGAAAUGUCCACAGCAGAAAGAGACAACGUGGUCUUGGAGAUCAUCAACCUGUGCUUCAUCCUCUACUACCUGUUUGAAAUGUGUGUGAAGAUCUUUGCCUUAGGGUGGAGAGGAUACAUUUCCUACAGGAACAACAUCUUUGACGGCUUCCUCACCAUCCUGCUACUGGCUCUUCAGAUCACUAUUUUUGUCACCUACAGGCUCCCUUAUAACUGGAACACACCCUCACAGCAUGUCGUGUCUCUGUGGGAGAUGGUCUGCUUGGUCAACAUGCUGAUCGUCUUCCGCUUCUUGCGCAUCAUUCCAGACAUUAAGCUCAUGGCAUUGGUUGCCAGCACACUCAUGGACCUGGUGAAAAACCUCAGAGCAUUCGCAGGGAUCCUGGUGGUGGUGUACUACGUGUUUGCCGUGUUGGGCAUCUGGCUGUUUGAAGGCGCCAUUAAACCUCCUCCAGCGUCCAGUGUGAUCUCAAAUACCUCCAUGGCGAACAUCACUUCUAACUUCAGUGUGGAGUGUGGCACCUAUGAACAGCUUGAAUACUGGCCAAACAACUUCGACGACUUUGCUGCGUCCCUCAUUUUACUGUACAACGUCAUGAUAGUGAACAACUGGCAGGUUUUCAUCGAGGUGUACAGCAGAUUCACCACAGAGUGGGCUAAGGUCUACUUUGUGUGCUGGUGGCUCACCUCCUCCGUCAUGUGGGUCAACUUGUUUGUGGCGCUCAUCUUAGAGAACUUUACCUACAAGUGGGACCGCAGUCACAGCUGCUCUGUUACAGAUGUGGAGAGGAUCAGAUAUCAAACCUCUGUUCAGCUCAUAUUCCGGGAGCAGAUCCAGGAGCCUACAGAAGAGGAAUUAAUGUGUCAACUACACCAACACCCACACUUACACAUACAAUAGACACACACACUGUGUGGUAUAUGCACUGAGAGGUCAAAGAAAUGUACUACUUGUUUAUUUUAAUGUGUAUAAUAUGUAUAUCCGCAAAUUGACAUGGAGCUACUCUGAUGGUGUCGCUAUCAACCAAAUCCUCAUCAGUGGAACAAAAGGUGCAGGUCCUUCCCAGGUUGUUGACGCCAACACUGACCACUGAAAUUCAGGAAAGUAGUCAAGCAGUGUGAACAAAGGGCAAAUCUAAAUGUCACCAAAGGAAACAGAAAUCACCUCGUCAUGGUCCUCAGCUAGAACUUAAAAGUCCCAGGGAUGAUUUGAAAGGAAUAAGAGGUUUUUGGACACAUAAGGCCAUUUCAGUCCAGUCCACCAGGUGGUGUUGAUGCACCAUGUCAUGAUGUGGUACAGCAGUUUAGUUAGAGAGCUUAAGUUCUGAAGAAGACAACUAACUGUAUGCCUCUUGGAUGAGAUGUGAAACACCUUUAACUUAAUUAAAGCAAGUCCAGUUGUCUUUAACUAAACUACUGAAGAUGCAAUGACCUGGUGACUGAGAACCUUCACAGACAUGAAGUAUAGCGAUGUCACUUUUGCUGUUGUGGAGGAGCUGAUGCCAUUGUGCUGCAUUGUAAUCCUGCAGUUGGUUUUUAGAAAUUUUAAAUGGUGCUCGUUUAAAUACGUGGAACCAGGAAAAUACAGCUUCUCCGUUUACCUCUAUCAUUUCUCGUUCCAUCCAAGUGUUUUUCUCAAAACAGGUCUAUUUGUAAUGCAGAGAUACCGUCUUUACGGUAGGCACCAAAUGUGACUAAAUGAUGUGGAAGUUGUACAAGUACAUUUGAGAAUUGAAAUAAUUGGGGAAAUGUGUGGAAUACCCUGGGAAAAACAGUGAUUAAUCAGCACUCAAAGUUCCACUGCACACUAUGAAACACAAUCUCGAUCAUUGGGAAAUGUUCUAAAAUGCUUCUGUUGCACUUUGAUGAGAUGCACUUUCCUCACGGACCAAAACCUGGUCAUUAGUUUACAGCGUGAAACGGAUUCACUGAGAUUAUCCGUCACCCAAAGGCUCAGCAAAUAUGACCUGCCAGCCUCUGUGCAAGUGUAAAAAGGGAUUAACGUCACUGUUAUUUUUCUUUAUUGAACCAAGUUUACUUUGUUUAUAGAAAUAUAGUUUAAGAAAAAACAUUACUUCAGGAAAAUAUUUUUGUACUUUUUUGUUGGGAUAUGUACAAGUUAAAAGUAAACAUACAAAUGUAACAUCUGAAAUAUGUUGUGAAAGAAUUGUGAACAAAUAUAUUUUAA